GUCUCCCACCCCUCCUGCAGCUUUCCAGACAGAGUCUCACUCUCUGCAGGGCGAACAGCAGGGCAGGCAGUGCAAUAUUAGCGCGGGGAUACAAAUCUACCUGGGAAUUUAGAUUCCUCAUCCUCUGGGACCUUUUGUCUUCGUGCGGACACCCUGGGUCUUGUAGCCAUGUCCCUUACAACUCCUGCUCCUUCUAACAAGGGAAACAAGGCCAACAAAAUCAUCACUGACCUGUCCAACAUCAGCCAGAAUGACGAUGAGACAGACCCUGAAGCCUCUGAGUUCGAUCUGGGUACCAAGAUCAAGGCACCCAAAGAUGUGAUGCUCGAAGAGCUCUCCCUCCUCACGAACAAGGGGUCCAAGAUGUUCAAGAUGAGGCAGCAGAGAGUCGAGAAGUUCAUUGUGACCAACGAGAACAUGCAGAACCUUCAGAACCUGAUUAUGUCCCCUCCCCCUGUGCCUCCAAAGCCUGAGAUGCCAAAGGAAGAAAUAGUGAAGGAGACUGUGGAUGAGGAGGUGGAGAAGCAGAAGAAGAGGAAGGACUAUGUACGCACCUACAUAUCCCCAUGGGAACGGGCCAUGAAGGACAAUGAGGAGCUGAAAGCCACGAUGAAGCCUUGCAUGCCUGGACCCAUCCAGAUACACCCAGACCUACAUCAGUACAAGAGCUUCAACAGGAUGGCACUGCCAUACGGCGGUUAUGACAAGGCAUCCAAGUUGCUGACCUUUGAGCUUCCAGAGCUCAAUGUUGCCACCGAGGAGCCUGAACCUCUGCCCACACUGCAGCCUGACAUUCGCUCGCGCCCCUCGUUCAACCGCACGCCCAUCGGCUGGGUCUGCAGUGAAGACAAUUCACACAUCCACACAGAUCUCGAGAUCCCCUUUGACGGAGAGACAGAUGACCUGUGAUGAGCUUUUAAAUGUGCAGCACCUAAUAACUCAUAAGUCCAGUGAGAACUCCCAACAUGUACUUUAAUUGUAAAAAAAACUAAACAAACGUAAAUUAUUAAAAUUGAUGUGAUGGAACAGGACAAAUUAUCUCCCCUGCUCUACUGUGUGCUGUCUUAGCCUUUAGCCUUUACAUCUUCACCUAUGAAUGUCUGUGACUUUGCAUAUUAUGAGAUACUGUGAGACCUGAAACAGACAAACACUCUGCACUCUUAGAACAAUUUAUGCAAUAAACUUCCCCUUUAGA